CGCGCAGCUCGAGGCGAAGCAUGUGACUCGACGGUUGCUACGCUCGGUUUUUUAAUAUGACAUCACUGCUUUUUAGGAAUGGUAGCUGCAAAACGAAUAUAAUUUCACGAUAAACCAGUCUCCGACAAAUUGACAACUUUUUGGUUAUUACUGUCCUCGUAAAAGCAGCGAUAUCCUCCUGCCUAGCUUUGGAAUAAGUGACGGACGCGAGGUUCAGCUCAUUGAGGACUCAUCAAGUACAGCUUUCCAACCUGUGGUGGAAAACCUGGCAGGAUUGUCAAGAAUCCCGCAGGGAUAAUGCCGCUCUCUGCAAAGCACAGAGUAAAACCACUGUCAUCGUGUUAAUGCAGGGUGAAGGUUGAUUCUGUUAUGACAAGCUGCUGUGAAAAACAUGUCCACACUGUCUGCGACUACUAUCCCUGAUGGCCAUGGUGAAAUUAAAUUGUUUGGGGUGGUGCCAGAGCUGGUCUCAAGUUUGAAAUUGCCCCCCAGUGCAAUGUUGACUCAGAGCAGCCAUGAUGGGUCUCUGCAACCCCUCCACCUUGUUGGCCUGCAGGGGGAGCCCAUGGGACCAGGGCUGCACUGUUCCAUGUCCAUGGACUCCAGUGACCUCAAAACAGACAUCACAGAGAAUCAGCCAGUGAAGAGGAAGAAGGGUCCGGCCCCCAAGAUGCUGGGCAAUGAGGUGUGCAGCGUGUGUGGGGACAAGGCCUCGGGCUUCCACUACAACGUGCUGAGCUGCGAGGGCUGCAAGGGCUUCUUCCGCCGCAGCGUCAUCAAGGGCGCCCAGUACACCUGCAAGAACAGCGGCAAAUGCGAGAUGGACAUGUACAUGCGGCGCAAGUGUCAGCAGUGCCGGCUGCGCAAGUGCCGGGAGGCGGGCAUGCUGGAGCAGUGUGUCCUCUCAGAGGAGCAGAUCAGGCUGAAGAAGAUGAAGAAGCAGCACGAGGAAGAAUCAGCCCGUAGCUCUGUCGUUCUGGCCAGCCCCACGCCGGGGGCCGAGUCAGCCCAGCUACCGCCGCAGCAGCAGGAGAUGAUUGAGAAGCUUGUGACCAUGCAGAAACAGUGCAACAAGAGGUCCUUCAUAGACCAGCCCAAAGUCACCCCUUGGCCCCUGAGCCAGGACCCCCAGAACCGGGAGGUGCGGCAGCAGCGAUUCGCCCACUUCACCGAGCUGGCCAUCAUGUCCGUGCAGGAGAUCGUGGACUUCGCCAAGCAGCUACCGGGAUUCCUGGAGCUGACACGAGAGGACCAGAUCGCCUUGCUCAAGACGUCCACCAUCGAGAUCAUGCUGUUGGAAACCUCACGAAGGUACAAUCCUGAUAUUGAAAGCAUCACCUUUCUGAAGGAUUUCAGUUAUAAUAAGGAGGAUUUUGCAAAAGCAGGGCUUCAGCUGGAGUUCAUCAACCCCAUCUUUGAGUUUUCUAAGGGCAUGAAUGAGCUGCAUCUGGACGAGGCCGAAUACGCCUUGCUUAUCGCCAUCAACAUCUUCUCAGCAGAUCGUCCUAAUGUGCAUGACCAUGCUUUAGUGGAAAGACUCCAGCAGCCAUAUGUGGAAGCUCUUCACUCUUACAUCAGAUUAAAGAGACCUAUGGACCACCUGAUGUUCCCACGCAUGCUGAUGAAGCUAGUGAGCCUGCGGACCCUCAGCAGCGUCCAUUCAGAGCAGGUCUUUGCCCUGCGUCUCCAGGACAAGAAGCUUCCACCCCUCCUGUCAGAGAUCUGGGAUGUCCACGAGUGAUGGAGUGUCACCAUCACAUUCUUGGCUCGCCUUGCCGGGGCCACCUUCAGUCCUGCCAAGAUCCUGUCAGGAUUGAGGAGUUUGGUGGGAGCGUACACCUCUGUAGGUUUGGAUCCCUCCCAGAGACGGAUGUGACGUUUCCCAUAGUCUGGGCAUUCCUCUAACAUUGAGCUCUCUGCAUCAUAACUCCUGGCCAUGUACUCCUCUCCACAGAGCAAAAAAUCUGAAGGGACAAAGCCAAAGUCACUAAUAUAAAUUUUAUUCCACUUAAUGCAGGUUUUAAGAAAUACUCUUCUUACAGAUACUGCCUCAGGAAAUUAUAGGCUUGUGUUUCUGACUUCUCACGUUAUAAAAAAUAUACAUUUGGGCUUACGCCAUUAAGGAAUUCUCUGUCGACUCGGUAUAACCUGGCAGCUCUGUACUUACAGUAUAUUUCAGACUUGACAGCCAGUGUUAAUGCUACAAUGACUUACAUUCAGAAAAUGCAUCUUUCACUUUACUAAACUAGGGAGCUUUAGCGGGGUGUGGCAUGCUUAUUCAUAGAAUGCAUAUUAUGUCUUGUACUGACAGAAUGUUUAUGUGGGUAAUUAAGUGUUUAAUAUUGCCCUGCAGGUUAGAGGCAAAGCGUAAAACAUUAAGGAAUAAUGUUGCAUAAAAACACACGUAUACCUAGACCCAGACAUGAAAAUAUAGUUUGUUUGAAUCUACUGUAUUACACUUACAACUCUGUCUUCCUCAUGGUGAGGCUGCAACUUGUCCUCUGCCCACCCCCCCCCAUGUCAUUUAGAGAAGUAAAGAAUGUAUGGAUGCUACAGGGAUACCUUUGUAUACUUACAAUGUGGAAGAGCUGCAGUAAAAUCUACCGCUGCUAUGCCUAAGGCAAGUUGCAGUUUACAAAAUAAAACUGAGAGCAUUUAUGUCACAUAACAACCUCUUUCUCUGAGCUUUAGCACUUUAACCUUGGGUCUCAUCUGUGAUAUUUUUGGGCGGGCGGGCGCAAUAGUAACCUAAGUGGGGCACUUUGAACAAGUAGCACACAAACAUCACAAGUAGCUCUUUGAAUAGAGCAGUAUUUCUUGCAGUUUAGUAAACUUUCCAUUUAGGUGCUGUUGUGUCAGACCCAGGGGGAAAAUUUAUUAACUUUUAGUGCAACAUUUGCUUUGAGUAAUAAAAUUCUGAUUGUGCAUUCGAAAUGAAAUAUACAUUCAGAGCAUCAGGGAAAGGAUAAAGGUGCUUGUUUAAUUUAUCAGUUUUUUUGCUCAUUUGGAAAACUGAUUGAAAAGUAGAUGGAAAUAAACCAAGUGCAGGUCUAAGGUACAUUUCCUACUACAACCUUGUGAAAUCCUGACUCUCCCUGGAGUUUCUCCUCUAACAUCAAAAUUAAACUUCCUCUGUUUUCAUUUCACUUAUUUUGUCAAUAGGUCUAAUUUGAAGAAUGAUUCGCCGACUGGAAUAUAACACCACACUUGAAUUGGAUAUCUGCUGCUUUAUACAGGGUUUCUAAUGCACCCAUACAUCUUGGUCGUAAAGUUGUAUUGUUCCAUGAACAACUGCUUAUUUCGCUUGUUUUAAAAUGUUUAGGAAGCAAAACGUACUUAUAUCGGGCUUCUCCGGAUUGUUAUACCAAAACGUUUAAAAGUAUAUUUCAGAGCUGAAACAAUGAUUUUCCCUUGUACUCUAUGCUAUCUGUGUUUAGAUUUGUUUUCAUAUCUAAAACUGUUGCCUUAAUUCCUUUUGUCCUGCUUUUAUGUGUGAAAUGCUGACAAAAAAUAUGCACAGAUGUUUUUUUAAUUAUGAAAGACUAUUUUUGCAGAACCUUGUUGAACCGGAUGUGUAUUAAAAUUUGUGUAUAUGUUUGUUUCUAAUUUCAAAGUGAUUGAGGAAGUAUACAGUUGCCUAGCACGCUAAAAAUAAAACGAAUAAUUUCUUGAAUGGGA